CCACAAGAGUACUGUCCAGCGCGGCGACGAUUUUAGCGAGAUAACCAGUUUGAAGUUAUGCCCACCAAGUGUUUGAUGAAAUGCCACACUUAACAAGAAGCAAGUGUUCUGUUUUUUGAAGCCAUUAAACAAAUACGUAUUCUGUUCUUGAAGCCAUUAAACAAAUAGUUGAUUUUUUUUUAACUUUUUUUGAGAAGCCAUUAAACAAAUAGGUAUUCUUUGACAUUGUUGUAUUCAAAUUGAAAAUAAUUCUGCAGGUCUACUUAAAAGCUUAUCCGUAAAUAAACAAAUGCAAAGUCGGAAAAAAUUUACGAAGCAUGGACCGAACUUGGAUGUAUGAUAGACUGUCUUCACAUAGAUGUGGACUAAAAAUUGAAUUUAUUAAUGGAGUUCAAGACUUUGUUAGGAAGGCAAAAGAACUUCCUUCUUCUUUAUCUGAUGGGGGGGAUUAGAUGUCCAUGCAUGAAAUGUAAAUGCAUGAAAAUACUAAAGGAAAGUGAAGUGAGACUUCAUUUGUACAAGCAUGGGUUCAAAGCCGAGUACUACAUUUGGACAGAACACGGUGAAGAAAAGCCCGAUUUACACUCAAGAGAUGAAUGUAUUGCUCCAGAAGAUUGGGAUGAGGGAAAUUAAAUUGAAAUGAUUGAUCAUAUGCUAAAAGAUAGAUUUAGACAACGGCCAGGUCUAAUUGGCAUAUUCCCCAAAGAUGUGUAGAUUACUUUGCUCAAAUGCUAGUAGAAGUUUCACCUUCAAAAGAGAAAAUACCCAAAAAUUGUUAUGAAGCAACAAGGCUAGCUUCAAAAUUAGGGUUAAAGGUGGAGACAAUUGAUUGUUGUGAGGACGAUUGCAUGCCGUUCUACAAGGAAGAUAAUAAUCUUAAAGCAUGCAAACUUUGUAAUAAGUCUCGAUUUCAACCUAGGAACCAGGGCAUGGGCAAACACAAAGAUGUUCCUGUGAAAAAAAUGUGUGAGGAGCAGGCUGACGCAAACUAGGAAGGGUUUGACAGACACUAGGAAUUAGCUUCGAGCAGAUUAGCCACGGCCUCGAUUCCGACGCAAGUUCGACGCGAAGCUUCCUUUUGUGACGGCUUUUACCUUUUUGUGAGGGUUUUUGCCCCACACUAAAUCAACAUAUUCUAGUAGUGAUUUAUGAUAUGGAUUUUAUUUUACAUGAGAAUGAACACUAAGUUAUUUG